GCCGUGGGCGUGCACUUCCGGCCUUUGUGGCACGGUGCGGUGGGUCUGCGGCUUGCUUCCUGACCUCUCCUGGGCUUCCCGGAAAGAAAACAUUAUUCAAAGAAACUCUGAAGUACAGUACCCAGUUGUAGUGAGCUUUUUGAUAAGCUGUUUCAGCCCGGAAUGGCUGUGGAAUCCACUGCAAUUUCAACCCUGGCAUCUCGGAAUCCUCAGGAACAAGAACUGAUACUAGUGAAAGUAGAAGAAAGCCUUUCCUGGGGUCAGAAAUUAAAGCAGAAUGAGAGUACCCAAUCCUGCCAAGAACUGUUUCGCCAGCAAUUCAGAAAGUUUUGCUACCAGGAAACACCUGGGCCCCGGGAGGCUCUGGGCCGGCUCCAGGAGCUUUGCUAUCAGUGGCUCAUGCCAGAGUUGCACACGAAGGAGCAGAUCCUGGAGCUGCUGGUGCUGGAGCAGUUCCUAAGCAUCCUGCCUGAGGAGCUGCAGAUCUGGGUUCAGCAACAUAGUCCAAAAAGCGGCGAAGAAGCUGUGACUCUGUUGGAGGAUUUAGAGAGGGAAUUUGAUGAUCCAGGGCAGCAGGUCCCAGCUAGUCCACAAGGACCAGCAAUACCAUGGAAGGAUUCGACAUGUCUUAGAGCAUCCCAAGAGUUAAACAUCCAACUCCAGCCCUUAAAGACACAGUUGAAACCCUGGGAACCUUGCCUUUCCCCCCAAAGUGAUUGUGAGAACAGUGAAUCAGCGACAAAGAAGGAUAUUUUGGGAGAAAAAUCAGGACUUCCCCAGGAACCUUCAUCUGGAGGAGUUAGUGAACAUGAAAGCAAUUUAGAGUGGCAGCAAGGAAGUGCUACAGGGGAGAAAUUAGGAAGAUCCCCUUCCCAAGGAGACAGUUUUAGUCAAAUAAUCUUCACACACAAAUCUCUAGGAAAGAGAGACCAUCAUGAGCCUCAAAGAAGCUUGAUUCUAAGUACAAACUCUGUAACGUAUCAGAAAGUUCCUACAGAAGAGAGACCUUAUAGAUGUGAUGUAUGUGGACACAGCUUCAAACAACAUUCCUCUCUAACACAACAUCAGAGAAUCCAUACCGGAGAAAAGCCCUAUAAAUGUAACCAGUGUGGGAAGGCCUUUAGUUUGAGGUCAUAUCUUAUUAUUCAUCAGAGAAUUCAUAGUGGUGAGAAAGCAUAUGAAUGUAGUGAAUGUGGGAAAGCCUUCAAUCAGAGCUCGGCCCUCAUUAGACAUCGGAAAAUUCAUACUGGUGAGAAAGCCUGUAAGUGUAAUGAAUGUGGCAAAGCAUUCAGUCAAAGUUCAUAUCUCAUUAUCCAUCAAAGAAUUCACACUGGUGAGAAACCCUAUGAGUGUAAUGAGUGCGGGAAAACCUUUAGCCAAAGCUCAAAGCUUAUUAGACACCAGCGAAUUCAUACAGGCGAGAGACCCUAUGAAUGUAAUGAAUGUGGAAAAGCUUUCAGGCAGAGCUCAGAGCUGAUAACCCAUCAGAGAAUACAUAGUGGGGAGAAGCCCUAUGAAUGUAACGAAUGUGGAAAAGCCUUCAGUUUGAGCUCAAACCUCAUCAGGCAUCAGAGAAUUCAUAGUGGAGAGGAACCUUAUCAGUGUAAUGAAUGUGGCAAAACGUUCAAAAGGAGCUCAGCCCUUGUUCAACAUCAGAGAAUCCAUUCUGGGGAUGAAGCUUAUAUAUGUAAUGAAUGUGGGAAGGCUUUCAGGCAUAGGUCAGUCCUUAUGCGCCAUCAGAGAGUCCAUACUAUAAAGCCUUCUAAGCCCAGUGGAGCCCAGUUGCUUAUUGAGGAAAUGGUAAUUCGCCAGUUGCUCCCUGAGGUGUCACGUGUCCAUUUGCAGCCCAUGGAGAUCCAGCUCAAUUACGAAUCUCAAGAACACCACCUUCUGACAGAUGGUGAGACUAAGACCAAAAUUGGAGAUCUGGCUUCAGAGGAGGAAUUUACAGCAAAACCAUUGACUGAAGAGUCUGGCAACCCCAAAGAUAAUGUUCUCCAGGAUUCUGAAUGCAGAGAAUUCCAUGAAUUGGGAGAUAAAUUAAAUGAAAAGGAUCAGAACCUCUCUAAAAGAAGACAACAUAACUGUGAUGAAUGCGGACAAAGCUUUGCUUGGAGUACAGGCCUUAUUAGACAUCAGAGAACCCACUGGGAAAAACCCUAUGAAUGUGAUAAGUGUGGAAAGGCAUUUAGUGUGAGCUCAGCUCUGGUUCUGCAUCAGAGAAUUCAUACUGGGGAGAAACCCUAUCCUUGUAAUUGGUGUAUUAAAAGUUUCAGUCGGAGCUCAGACCUUAUUAAACAUCAAAGAGUCCAUACCGGUGAAAAACCUUAUAAAUGUGAUGAAUGUGGAAAAGCCUUCAGUCAGAGCUCAGACCUUAUUAUACAUCAGAGGAUCCACACAGGAGAAAAACCUUACCAGUGCAAUCACUGUAGUAAAAGUUUUAGCCAGCGCUCAGACCUGGUUAAACAUCAAAGAAUCCAUACUGGAGAGAAGCCUUAUACAUGUAACCAGUGUAACAAACAUUUUAGUCAGAGUUCUGAUGUUAUAAAACAUCAAAGAAUCCACACUGGUGAGAAACCAUAUAAAUGCGAUGUGUGUGGAAAAGCCUUCAGUCAGAGCUCAGAUCUUAUUCUACAUCAGAGAAUCCACACUGGGGAGAAACCAUAUCCAUGUAAUCAAUGUAGCAAAAGUUUCAGUCAGAACUCAGACCUUAUUAAACAUCGAAGGAUCCACACUGGAGAGAAACCCUAUAAAUGUGAUGAAUGUGGGAAAGCUUUUAAUCAGAGCUCAGUCCUUAUUCUGCACCAGAGAAUUCACACUGGAGAGAAACCCUAUCCAUGUGAUCAGUGUAGCAAAACUUUCAGUAGACUUUCAGAUCUUAUUAAUCAUCAGCGAAUUCACACUGGAGAGAAGCCUUUCCCAUGUAACCAGUGUAGUAAAAUGUUUAGUCGAAGAUCAGAUCUUGUUAAACAUCAUAGGAUUCAUACAGGCGAGAAACCCUAUGAAUGUGAUGAAUGUGGGAAAACAUUUAGUCAGAGCUCCAACCUUAUUCUACAUCAGAGAAUCCACACUGGAGAGAAACCCUACCCAUGUAGUGACUGUGCUAAAAAUUUUAGUCGUCGUUCAGACCUUGUUAAACAUCAAAGAAUACACACUGGAGAGAAACCGUAUGCUUGUAAUCAGUGCAAUAAAAGUUUUAGCCAAAGCUCAGACCUCACUAAACAUCAGAGAGUACACUCUGGGGAAAAGCCCUAUCACUGUGAUAGUUGCGAGAAAGCCUUCAGUCAGAGUUCUGACCUUAUUCUUCAUCAGAGAAUUCACACUGGAGAAAAACCAUACCCAUGCACACAGUGCAGCAAAAGUUUCAGUCAGAACUCAGACCGUACCAAACACCAGAGAAUCCACACUGGGGAAAAACCAUAUAAAUGUAAUGAGUGUGGGAAGGCUUUCAGUCAGUGCUCAGCUCUUAUCUUACAUCAGAGGACCCACACUGGGGAGAAACCAUAUCCAUGUGAUCAAUGUGGUAAAAGCUUUAGUCGGCGCUCUGAUCUCAUUAACCAUCAAAGAAUCCACAUUGGUGAAAAGCCUUAUAAAUGUGAUACAUGCGGGAAAGCCUUCAGCACAUGCACUGAUCUUACUGAACACCAGAAAAUUCACACUGGGGAGAAACCUCACAGGUGUGUUCAGUGCAGCAGAAAUUUUACCCAGCUCUCUGAUCUAAUUGAUCAUGAGAAAGUCCAUUCUACCCAAGACAGUCUAAAUGUGAUGAAUGUGGGACGACCUUUAGGGUAUAGACCAACUUUAUUCAGUACCAGAGACACUAUACCAGAAAAAAAUCUUAUGAGUGCUAUUGAUGAUUAUGAAAAAGCUUUUAAUCAAUGUUCAACUCUUGUGCUACAUUAAAAAAAAAAAAAAAUCAAUUUUUAUAAUGAAGUUUAACUCAGAGCUCAUUACUGAACUUAAGAACAUUUCUGAAGAUGAAAUCCUGUGAGUUGUGGGAAAACAUCAAAUGCGAAUAAAAAUUGUACUAAAUAGGAAUAAUGGAAAUUUGUAUCUGUUGUAAUGUAGAAAAACUCUAGUCUUAUUCAAAUACAACCCACAAGAUGACAGUAUUAUCACUAUAAGAAAUGUAUAACAAUGUUAAUGCAGAACCUUAUCAGAUAUUGUACAAAUCUGUUGUAGGUGUGCAAUCAGACUCAGAAAUAUUAGCGCUAUAAGCUCAAACCUUUAGUGAGUCCAAAUUACCUAUGAAUAUCAUAGAAGUUAUUUUAGAUAAUGUAGAGAAAACUUAAAUCCCUUCCAUAUUUAAUUGGCAUUCACUCUGAUAUCACACUUAUCUCUUAACAGCUGGAGAAUCCUACCUAUGCUAAUACUAGUUAUCUAUCAUUAAAUUCCCUGUGUGUGAACAUA